AUGGGACAUCUAAUGAGGCUAACGUUUGUAGCAGUAUUAAUAUCGCAGGCUUACACCGCACCACAAUUCAUCACUUUUGACAACGGUAAAUUAGGAGUCAACUUCGGUGGAUAUCAUGCUGCUGUUGGUCUCGGAGGACUGUUAGGACAAAAUGGAGGCGCAGGUGGUGGUUUAUUCGCAGAAGCUGGAACGCCGCAUGGACAAUCUGCCAAAGCAGGAUUAGGUGGCGCCGUUGAUAAUGGCCAGUCUGCGGGUGGAUUGUACGCUAGUGCCACUGCAGGAGGAAAUGUGAAAGCUGCUACCGGUCUAGCUGGAGGAGUACUUGGAGAAAAAUCAGCUGGAGCUGGCUUCGCGGCAGCACAAGCUGGAAACCACUACGCGGCGUCAGGAAUGGGAGGUGAUACAUCAAGUUCAGGAGCAUCUGGAUUCACUUUUUCUGGGACUAAAUCUUUUGGAAUAAACAAAGGACAAGUGGAUUCCUCCGUCGUGGAUAUAAAACCAAUUCAAACGGAACACAAAAAGGUUCAUAAAGAAUUUAAUUUUGAUGCCGCCAAUGAAGUUAAUUUCGUUCCUUUAGCGUCUGACAUUGGUUUGCAAAAAGAUGUUGCAGUCAAAACUGAUGUUAAGGAAGUAUAUGUACAGUCACCUCCGCAAGUAGUAGAAAAACAUAUUGUACACAAGCACAACAAACCUCACCAACUUUUCCACAAUCGGUUCGGUUUUGUUGAUGAAAAUACUGAAGUAUCAGGAUCUGCGCCAGCUAUUCAAAAGAGGAUCGAUGUUGGUGUUGAUGCAAGUGUCAAUGCAGGAGCAGCAGCCGAAACUAGCAUCGGGGGAAGCGGGAAUAAUGCUUACACGAAAAAAGUUACCUUCCAGAGAAAUCCCAAUUUCUUUGCCGACAUUUUUAAUAUCCCCAUUUCAACACUGAAAGCGGUAGGCAAUUUUCUUGGCAACACAGCUGGAAGCACAAGCGUUUCUGUCCAGAAAUCAGGAUCGGUUCAAGCAGACUCAGAUUUGACUUCACCAAAGCAUGCUGAUGCAUCAUCUGUUUCAUCUUCAGAAACUCAUCUUUCUGUUAAAACUCCAGAUGUUUCAAAAGUCAUUGACGAUAUUUUGGCUAUUCCGAUUAACACUCUCGGAGCCGUAAACAAAUUCUUAGAAAACAAUGUUCCUGCGCGAAAAUCUGUUCAGGUGUCUGAAGAUGGUACCGUUCAACCUGUUCGUCGGCUGGGUCCACACGCAAGGCGACGAGCUAAUAAACAAGUAGUUAUAGUACAAGAAGAAAGUGUACAAAAAACCGAACAAUCCUCUUAG